AAUAUUCUUAGCUAAUCGAUUCUACUUCUCGUGAAUCUGAGAAAAUGAGUUCACAUGGAACCAGAACAGAACGAAAUCAAAAUGGAGGACCAAAGAGAGUGAAGACUAGGGUACUUGCAAACUUAGAUUAUCCUGACAUCAACAAUGCAUUGUUUCACACACUGAACAUUGCCAAGAAUAUAAAUCCACAGUUCUAUGGGUACUCCUGUCAUGAUAGAGCUGGUACUUUGGAAAUGUACAGGACCAGAAACCAACCAAUUUCAUGUAUGCCAGUUUGCUUCAAUUCAGUCAUGUGCCACUUUCAAGACAGAUGUGCCAAUACACGAACACAGAUUUGCACCAGGACAACUACUUUUGGGAUGUAUGUCAAACAGAAGUAUGAGUGUGUCAUGCAGAUUUUUCGAGGAUCCAUAGUUUUUCAGCUGGAAUUUCAGAAUGAAGAAGGUUAUCAGAGGUAUAUGAAUGACUUCCACAAUGGGACAUUGAAGCAGGAGAUAAUAGACUUUUUUAAGAACUGCUACAAGGAUUUUGGCCUGGAUCCAGAUGACCUGGAGUUUAAUGUCUCUGUAGAGGAUUCAUCUGGAAAUCCAGAGGACAACAACAAUCUGCCAUUUUCUGAUAGGAACCUGACAAGUGGGAAUGAAAAUACCGCACCUGAGGAGCAGAGCAUGGAAACAUCUACAUCAGAACAGACAGUGAAAAAGCAACACAAUGAUUUACUACAGGAAAUAUCAAAACAAUUCCUUGAUGAAGACAUUGAAAAUGGUCAGAAUCUACGGAAAUUCAGAAAAAAUGUUAUGCAUAUGUUUCCAGAUCUCCUUGUGGAAAAUCUCUCUGUUCCUGAAAUUUUCAGUGUCCUUGAUGACAAAGGUCACCUUAAGGCAGGGUCAUACGAUACUCUAGUGUCUCUAGUCAAGGACAUAGAUCCAAGAAUGGUUAAUAUAAUCAGAGCGACAGAGAAAAUUCUGUCUGAAGAGGAAGAUCAAGUAAGGCAAAGGGGUAAUGAAGAUAAGAACAAGUCUGCAGAAGAAGUAAGGAAUUCUGGAGAGCCUGGAAUGUUAUCAUCAAGAACACAUGUUUCCUUAGCAUCAGCUUCAGCACAAAAAGUUCCAAAGGUAAUGGACCAGCUUCCAGAAGAAAGAAGUGACGGGUCUGCAGGCACAUCCUCAGCACAGUCAGGUAACAGUUACAAUGUAGGAAACAUCACAGCCCAUGAUGGAAUGGUGGCAUUUGGAAAUUCUGGCAGUGUUAAAUGCAAGAUAGGUAAACGAGACAGACCCACAACAGAAGAUGAAGGUCAAAAAACACAAAAACGUGGAAAAAUUGACUUCCAAGCAUCCUCAGCAGGAUUCAGAAAGGAAAAGGAUGACAGUCUGAGGGGGAAAGAACUGAAGAAUUUUUACUCCCAUGGAUGGGACAAAAGUGUGGGUCAUUUAUUGUGUGGAAACAAGACGGGGACUGCAUUCAGGGUCGGAGACCGUUACCUGAUGACAGCAUAUCACAUCAUCAAGGAUGCACUGGAUUGGUACCUUGAAACCAUCAUAUCAAAGGCCCAAAGUGACCCAGAUCGUGUGAACUGCUGUACACCGUUACUUGAAAAUUUGAGAAAAUUAGGAACAGUUAUUGAGAUGAGCAACUGUGGAACAGAUAUUGAGAUGAAGAUAGAAAAUGGGAUUAGAAAAUGGGCUGAAAAGAAUGUUGACAUUGUUAACUUCAGCAGUUUAUUAGAGGUGCUAGGAGUUUCAGGAUUCUCCCUGGCAAAGGUCCAAGCUUCAAAAGAAAUCACACAGAACCGUAUGUCUGUGGUUUUUGGUCGAUUGAUAGAACAAGAGGAUAUCCUACCAUAUCCCCUUAAACUUGACAUACCUUUCUACAGUAGCAGUGAUGAUAUUGCUAUUCUGGAAGUUGACUGGACAAACUUACCUAAACCAUUUAAUUUGCAGAGAUCAAACAUCCCACCCAAAUCGGUUCACAUCAUUGGCUAUCCAGCUUCUCACAAGAGUGAACAAAUUCUUGACCCCCACUGUCCUCUGAUAUCAUUGGCUGAAGCCCAGUCGACUUGUCAAAGAGCAGUUGAUUGGUGGAAGAAAGAGUAUCCAACAGAAAAUGUUGAUGAUUUUAGGAAUGCUUAUAGUUCAGCAUUUACAGGACAAGGUAAAAUUCAGUUCCACUGUUCAGAAUCUACUGCCCAUGGUGCAUCUGGUAGUCCUGGUUUAAUACAAAUGCAUGAAGAGAAACCAGUGGUGAGUUUGAUGCUGCAACAAGGCUUCCCAUCCUUUGUGUAUGAGCAAAAACACCAAGAACUCCUUAAGACAGUUCCAAAGCAGUUUCUAAUUGAAAGUGGCAUCAGCAUGUCAAGGGUUUAUGAGAUUCUCUCCAACAAGCCACAUUUGCUGGCGUUACGUAAUGAAAUUUUUCACACUUGACCGUACGUGUAAAGUAUUCACCUGAUGAGUGAAUAAUGUAACAUUCAGACAAACAUAAUGCAAUUGAAAAACACAGAUUCAACAUCCAGAAAUAUCAAGUAGUGAUUCCUAUGAAUUUAUUUUUCAGUAACAACAUUG